GCCCAGUCCAAAACACCAUCUCACAAUCCCAAUCCCAAUUCGCCCAGGGCAAAACCCUCACUCAUUUUCGCAUCUAAAAUAUAGGGUUUUCUACCACAAUCCCAAACUUUUCCCAAAUUUCACCUAAAAAGCUCUCAUCCUAACCAUUAAUCAAAUCAAAUAUCAAAUUCAAAGCUAACAAAAAAAAGAUGAGGCCCAUAUUGAUGAAAGGGCAUGAAAGGCCAUUAACAUUCUUGAAAUACAAUAGAGAUGGAGAUCUUCUAUUCUCUUGUGCUAAAGAUCACACUCCAACUGUUUGGUUUGCUGAUAACGGUGAACGUUUAGGCACUUACCGUGGUCACAACGGUGCCGUUUGGUGCUGCGAUGUUUCAAGAGAUUCGUCAAGAUUGAUUACUGGAAGUGCUGAUCAAUCUGCUAAGCUAUGGGAUGUUCAGAGUGGAACCCAGCUUUUCACUUUUAGUUUUGAUUCGCCUGCUAGGGCUGUUGAUUUUUCUGUUGGUGAUAAGCUUGCUGUGAUCACUACUGACCCUUUUAUGGGUUUGACUUCUGCUAUCCACGUCAAACGCAUUGCCGCCGAUCCUGAUGACCAGGUUGGUGAUUCUGUACUUGUUCUCAAGGGUCCUCAAGGAAGGAUCAAUAGAGCAGUUUGGGGACCAUUGAACAGGACAAUAAUUAGUGCUGGUGAAGAUGCCGUGAUUCGAAUUUGGGAUACAGAGACUGGAAAGUUGCUGCAAGAAAAUGACAAAGAAGUUGGCCACAAAAAGACAAUUACCUCACUUGCAAAAUCAACGGAUUGCUCACAUUUUCUUACUGGGUCGCUAGAUAAGUCAGCAAAGCUUUGGGACAGCAGAUCAUUAACAUUAAUCAAGACAUAUGUAACUGAACGCCCAGUAAAUGCUGUUGCCAUGUCUCCGCUUCUUAACCAUGUCGUCCUUGGGGGAGGUCAGGAUGCAUCUGCUGUCACAACAACGGAUCAUCGUGCUGGGAAGUUUGAAGCCAAGUUUUAUGACAAGAUUCUGCAAGAAGAAAUUGGAGGUGUUAAAGGCCAUUUUGGUCCAAUAAAUGCUUUGGCUUUCAACCCUGAUGGGAAAAGUUUCUCGAGUGGAGGUGAAGAUGGUUACGUGAGACUGCAUCACUUUGAUCCCGACUAUUUCAGAAUUCCAUCAAUUUAAUCAAGCUUCAAGAUUUGUGUUGCUAAGUCAUCUUGUAAGGCAUAUACAUUUUGAUUCAGUUUUCUUGUAGUGUUGAUAUUGUGGGCAAGUAUGGUUCCACCGCGAUGUAGUUCAAGUAUUGUUAGAGAUUAUUUUGAGAUUGUUUCAGUUUUGGAGAUUCAAACUACAAAUUAUAAAAUCACUGCUAUUGUCCUAAAA